AAACCUAACAAUCCUACUAACUUGAUUUCCUAUAAUAACGGUCUGCCGUCCAUAGAUAAGGACGUGGUACCGAAUGAUCUAGAUUUUCAUUUGCCUAUAGAUCGUUAUUUCGAUAUUGAUAAAUUUCGUGAUGAAUUAUACAAGUUUGACAUCGAAGCUGAACUGUUCAAACAAGGUUGGAGAUAUGUCUUACUGUUUGAUAAAGAGCGUACGAGUGGUCCAUUCAUUGCUGAAUUUAUUGAGCCACAUGUUACGUUAACUCACGAUCGUGUCGAUUUUGACGUAAAUAAUUUGGUAUUAAAAAGAGAUUUUAUCAAGGCUAUUGGUAUGCGAGUUGACAUAACGCACAUGCGUGUUAGUAGAGCACAAAUACCGAUUGACUUAGAAACGAUUAUUGACAAUAUACGAAAGAAAUGUUUUUAUGUAUUACGUGCUGAUGAUAUAUUUAUUCAGCAACGUACUGCAAAAAUGAUUUCACGUGGCUGGAAACCAUCUGAAGAACGUAUGACAUACAUACCUGAUCCACAUUCAAACUAUUACUGUGUUUUAGACGAGCUUCCUAGCACAAGUACUUUAUAUACAGCGAUAGUUUCGGAUAUGAAGAAAAUACAUAAUAAUGUACAAAUCAUAUCGAUUGAACAAAUAAAAAAUCCAGUGCUUGAAUACGCUUAUGAGGCAAUGAAAAAACUUAUAUCGAGGCAAUGUGCUGGUGAAAACCCAAAUGAGAGAGAACUUUACCAUGGUACAGGAGUAGAAAAUGUGGAAAGUAUUCUGGAUAACGGAUAUGAUGAUAGAUUCUAUUCUACACAAGGAUUUUAUGGUCAUGGAGCGUAUUUCGCGGAUAAUCCGACUAAGUCUCAUAUGUAUGCGCCUAGUCAUCCAACAUCACAAAAUCGAGUUAUGUUCUAUAACAAAGUUAUUUUAGGUAAUGAACAUGUGAUGCACACAACAAAUAAAGCGCUUGUAUCAGCACCAAAAAAUUAUCACUCCAUUCGUGGUUCAGCAAGCGGAUUUACCGAAUAUAUUGUUUAUCGUUAUGGACAAGCACUACCUUAUUUAAAGAUUGUGUACAAAACAUGA